CUGCCAUUUAAAGGCUCCUCUCUGAGUGCAGCGUGAGUGCACCGCUCCGACCAGAGAAAAAAAAGCAGGCUGGGAGCAUAAAUAUGUAGCAUUUAAUGUAAAGAAGAGGAUAAUAGAAGAAGGCAGGUUUUGCAUGUGUUUAAAUGGGAAACCUGGUGGGCAGCUGGCGCUUCAAGGAGCCGAGCACCGUUGAGGAAUGCGACUCGACGUGGGGGUCGGACUCAGAGAGCGACGAGCCGGCGGCUGAAGAUGACAGCGGCAUCUCCGACCCCGUCAGCCCGGCGGAGAGCGAGCGGGCCGCGGGACACGCCGGAGAUUCGUCCCCGCAGCUGACUGACUCCCCGGAGUCUGUUCCGAAGAUGAAGAGGAGUUUCUAUGCCGCCAGGGACCUCUACAAAUACCGCCACAGCUACCCGAAUUAUAAAAAGUCCCGGCAGCCCAAUGAGUACCGUAACCUGCGCUUCUAUCUGAACAAGAUCCCUCUAGUACCUGAUGGUAUCUACAUCGAGGAGAUUCUUUCUAAGUGGAGAGGCGACUACGACAAACUGGAGCACAAUCACACCUACAUUCAGUGGCUGUUCCCAUUAAGAGAACAAGGGCUCAACUUCUACGCACAUGAACUGACUCAGGAUGAGAUUAAAGAAUUCCAAAGCGCUCGGGAAGCAAAGCGAAGAUUUCUGGCGGCCUAUUCCCUGAUGUUGGACUUCUAUGGCAUCAAACUGCUGGAUAAGAGCGGUAAUGUUGCUCGGGCUCCCAACUGGCAGCAGCGCUUCCAGCACCUUAAUGAAUCCCACCACAACUACCUGCGGAUCACUCGCAUCUUGAAGUCCCUAGGCGAGCUUGGAUAUGAGGCCUUCAAAGCUCCACUGGUCCGCCUCUUCCUGGAGGAGUCCCUGUGCCAUAACACCCUCCCCAACAUGCAGCACAGCGUCCUGGAGUACUACGUCUACACCAUCCGCCUCCCAGCAACCCGCCGUCGCCUGCUCCGCUACGCCCGCCAGCACUACAGGCCUGCCCACGCCUUCCUCUGGGGUCCACCACCAAAAAGGCGAAGUGGUGGUGUUGGUGCUGGGGGCAGCUUGAGUGCUGGUAGCAGUGGAAUCAGAGCACCUGCUCCAACACCAGAGCAACCGAGGAGGGGGGAGGAGAGCACCACCUCCACAUCUGGAAGUAGCGGGAUUAUUGUGUCUUCCCAUGAUGCCAUGAUGUGCCAGGACCUGGCUGGAGGAGGGCUCAAGGGCUGCGCAGGGCUUGGUUCCAGCAUGGCAGGACUGGAGGGAGCGCUGAUGUUGGCAGGAGCUAGAGGAGAGAGGAAUGAGUACAAUGAGAUUGUUCCUUUGUAGGGAAUGUGGUUUUUAAAACAGAAAAAACAGCAGUUUUUAAAAUCAACCCAUUUAAUUGUAAGGAAAUAAACUUCUGAAGGACCGCAUAUGUAGGUCAUGUAAACCCAGGGUGAGGGCAGUAAUACAGGAAUAGUUGUUUGGACUGUUAGAAACACAUCAUUAGAAUCAGUUCAGGUUAAGGGCUCACCAUACACUCUGAUAGUACGUCACUGCAAAAUAAUCAGCUUAACUGUAUUGAGUAUUAUAACAGUGGGCUGCAGCGUUUGUGGAGGUAGGCAGCCAUAUCCAAAAUCCCAAAACUGUCUAAACCAGUAGAGACCUAAAUUUGUUUUAUGAGGCUUUUCCUCAUCAGGGCUAGGAUCACAACACAGAAGACUGCCUUAUUUACUGUUUUGGUCUGGAAAUGAAAUGUGAUGACUGAUUCUAAAGACAAUUUUAGAACCAAAGGUAUCUGCUUAUUGACAGGUUGGGGUUGCAAUGGUUUUGGGAAACAAAGUCCUGCUUAUUCAUCAUCAGCUCCCUACAGCAACAAGCUGGAGUGGGUUCUCUGUGCAGGUGCUGUAAAGAGAAUAUUGUAUAGAUGUAGAUCAGAAAGAUUUUCUUUUUUCAUUUCCAUUGACAGGAAAUAGAACCGGCAAAAGAAAAGGCCUAAAUAUCAGCAAUACUUUGAAACUGGACUUUUUGAGAUUGACUUGAAAUCCUCACAUUGUUGUUAACAGCAGUCACAGUUCAAUUCUGUAUCUACUCUGCAAUUUUUUUUCUCAAAAAAUUGUAUAGAAGUAUAAAGCAAAAAAUAAAACUUGUUAGUGAUUUGAUUUCUUCAAGAAACACUUAUGAAUAGAAUGGCUUUUGGUGACAUAAAUACCUUUAAAUUAGAACUGGCAGCACAGAGGUCCACUGACAAACUGGCUGUGUGAAAAACAAGGGAUAAAUAUAAUAUAUAACAAUGAGCUAAAGGCAAAGAAAAUGUCUGCUGGUCUUUGAAAGGCAAAGGCAGAGAGCAGUAACUGGGGAAAAGGUGAAAAUUGUACAAGAGAGUUUUCUGCCAUAAAUCCUUAAUUUCAUGCUGUUCAAGGCAAAUUUUUCGUCAUCAAUGACAUUGCAUUAACAUCAUUUAAAUACUGCUCUCUGUGUUUCAGUUUAAAGGGUGCUCGGUAAAUGAAGUAUUUACUAACAAAAUAUGUACUACCUUAGCCUUGUUACUCAUUUGAACUAACAAGAUAGGGUCACACAUUCACCUUUAAGUCACUUUAAAUACCGGUAUAUGCCUUAAAGGCAGCGUCAUUACAAUACAAAACAAUACAAGAAACAAUGCAGAAGACACAAACUAUAUUGCAACAAAAGCAUUAUAGUUGAAUCACAGGUUAUUAUUUUUGAUUCUCCGGGUGUGCCAUGCAGAGACCAGUCUACCUGGUCCACCUGCAGCCGUACACCCUAGAGUGAGACAGAGCUGCAUGUAUUUAGAUAAUCCAGUGCAGAUAAUGAACUUUACUUGCUAUAAACCAUUUCUGUGUGCAUGUGCAACUCAAAGCAGCAGUGACAGUUACUGCUGCUAGCUUUUACCAGGACUUCCUUCUGAAGAAUUCGUCUAGUAUUACUUUUCUCUCUGUGGCCUAAUGAAAACGAUUCAACUGCUGCAAAAUUUGCGUCAUAUUACAAACUCAAAUACUCAAAGCUGGAGGAUCGAAAAUGUUUUUAAAAUACUGGAAACGAGAACAUUAGCCGCAGGUCAUGCUAUCCCACCAGCUAGCUAUAAUUACCCAGAGUGGAAGAGGAAAAUGACAUAUUUUAAUGAGAUCAUGUUUUUGUGGUGUCUUAAAAUAUAUACAGUAUAUUAAAAAAAUGUCUGACUUACAUCCUUACUUACUUUUCUUUAAACCAAAUAUGCAGCUACCAUUUUUAAUAAGCAGACAAGCUAAUUUAGAGUCUGUGAAUAUGCUUUAGUUUCUACCACUUACAAGGGGUUCAAUUUAAGCUAUAUUAGCUAGCUGGUGUUAGCAGUUGUGCCAGCAAAUUACUGUAGUUUAAGGCUGUAACUUGUUGAGAAAAGUCAAUUGUGAAUAAAUAAGAACUAAUACAUAAUAGGUAAAAAAUAAAAUAUUCAAUAUACCCUUGAAUGUUACAACAUUCAGCUAGCUGACGAGCUAAUUUAGUCAGAGUGGUAUUGUGUGCCGUUAUUGUGGUGCAAAUGAAGCUACAUCAGCUAUCUAAUGUUAGCAAACAACUAUAGUUUAAGGUUGUAAUUUGAUAUGAAUAAAAAAGAAGUAACACAUUGGGUAGCCUAAUCUUAAAAUACACUGAAGAAUUGAUGCUCUGUACAAUAGCAAGCUAUCAGGUGCAAACAGUUGCGCAUUAAAGCAGCCCUGUCUUCAUUAACCUUUUUCUAUUCAUCUGUGGUGCUAAAUUCCACCUUUUUUUUCUCAGAUGGUUGGUUCAAUGAUUAUUCUGUUCAGUGAGGCAAACUAAUUCCCUCCAUUUUUGAAUUAAUGAAGGGAACAAGAAUAUCCUAGUUGUCUGAACCUAACCUAAGGGCACACAAUGGAUCAGAAUGUGUUUAAUGAAAGCUUUUCACUGGAGUUGACUAGUUGUGCUUCUAAACCAUGAAUAGUGAAUUAUUUUACUCUAUGUUCAAAAUAUGACAGCUGUUCAGUGGUUUUUAUGGCUAACACACUGAUAUUUUUUAUGAUGCUCGUUUUGAUAAUAUGUGAGUCACAGCCACAGACUGUUGUGUCACCUAAAAGCCUUCUAUACUUAAGUGAAAAUGGUAAUUCAGUGUGGAUUGUGACUGAAGUUAAUGUGAUCAGACAGGUGAUGUGUGGUGUGUGUUGCACUUUUUGGACAAUCUGUGUCUUCCUGUUAAAAGCGCUGUAAGUUUUUCCAAAUGGUUGCGCAUCAUUAACAUAAUAGAUUGUUCUUAUAUUGUCUAACCUUGCAAUAAUUUCAAUUAAUGAUAUGUAAAAUUGAACAUCUGUAUUAUAUAUAGUUUUCAACCAUAGUGUAACCUGUGAAUUUGACACUUAAAGACAUCUAGGUCUAAGUUUGUAGAAGUCAGGUAUUCAGUAUCUUAAGCUUAGUUCAUUCGCUUGCCAAACAAUAAUAAUCCCGCACAAAAAUAACACUUCACAGCGAACUGCACUGUUGUAAGAGUGCAGGAGUCAUGUAGAAUGUAGAACCCUACAGUAAUUUAACCCUCCUAUGAAAUCAGACAAUUUUUUUCAGGUCCGCAGUGUUAAAUAAGAUCAUGUCAUUACUCCUCAGCAGUACCUUGCUUGCAUUUACUUUUUAUAAAAGGUUCGACACAUCAGGAGAUGCACAAUAGUCUGUCCAGUCAGCCGACCAGACAAUACAAGUCUCUCUUUUUUUUUUUCUUUUUUUAAAAAAAAUUGUAGGUAUCAUUUGAAACAGUUAGAUAUGUGUUCCUGGUUGCAAUAGAUAGAAAUAUGUGAAAUUAAAAGCCAUGUGAGGUGUACGACAGACUGAUCGGGGUUUAAACACUUCUUCCUGACUUUGUCAGCUGUUCUUCCUGUGGGAUAUGGCCUUGUUUAUAAUUAGCUGACACGGUGUCUGCAUUGCUACCCAGCCAAGUGUAUCUGAUAUAAUUGUAAGAAUACUUUUCAGGUGAAUUGUAUGAUACCAUGGGCUGACAUAUUUAAAUUUUUAGUAUACUGUACAUGUACAUAUAUAUAUAUAUAUAUAUAUGUGCGAGUGUGUGUGUGAUAUUCUUAAGUGCCUCUUUUGUAUUUUUUAUUUUUAUCUGUAUGCUGUAAGAAGUGUCUUUCCCAACUUAUUUCCUGUACAACCUGUUUUUUUGUACAGCAUUUUUAUAUUUACAUUAUUGUCUGCAUUAUAGUCAUAUACAGUGUGAAUAUUAAUGUACACUAACAGCAGGAAGUAAUCCUAUAAUUGGUAUAGAGGAGAGGUUAAUACUAUGUAAUACUUGAAAUUGUUUAUAUAUGGUUUAUUCAAUAAAAUGUGAUUGUUCUAUAGAUGAAUAACACUA